CACGCUUUCCACGUAGGAUUCAAUCACCACUCACCAUUCACCAGAACUUUCCACAACUCAAGAACUAUUCUCUUAUCUUCAUCCUUGAUCUCACUUCCUCAACUUAGAACCAUAGGAACAAGAAGAAGAAUCAAACACAAAUCAAAAUGGCUUUGCAAGUGCAGGCCACACUUCACACUACAAGAUCCACAAGACCUUCCUUAUUAUCUUCAACUUCCACUCCAACUCUCUCUAAAUCCAAUCCUUCUUCUUUGAAGUCAUCUUUCUUCUCUCGUUCUCUUAACCUCUUACUUCAUCCUAAUCAACAACAUAGUCUUGUUUAUGGACCUCCUAGGUUUACCAUGCGUGUAGCUUCCAAACAAGCCUAUAUCUGUCGUGACUGCGGGUAUAUUUACAAUGAGAAGAGCCCCUUUGAAAAAUUGCCUGAUAAAUACUUCUGCCCUGUUUGCGGUGCUCCAAAAAGAAGGUUUAAGCCCUAUGCUCCACCUGUCAACAAAAGUGCAAAUGAAAAAGAUGUUAGAAAGGCAAGGAAAGCUGAACUCCAAAGAGAUGAAGCAGUUGGGAAAGCACUUCCUAUUGCAGUUGUCGUGGGAGUUGUAGCUCUUGUGGGAUUAUAUUUUUAUCUCAACAGCACAUUUUAGCUUAAUGUUUAGCUCAUUAUGCUUUUAAGUUUGAAAAUGAUACCUCUAAUGUAUUCAUGUUCUUUUGUUUAUUUGGUUCAUCAAUACUUUAGAACAGUUUUAUUUA